AUGUACUAUACUACUAACUUAUCACAACAAAGCAACUCGUCGCAACAAUCUCAUGACUCUACUUGGGAUAUCCUUUCAACGAUUGGACACUUGUAUUUGUGGGAAGAAAUUGUAUGUUUGUUUAUUAUGGUGUUAGACUUUGAUGAGGUCAUAAAUUUUGAUGAUACCGAGUCGUAUCAGAUAAAUCCUAUCAAAGAACAUAUCAAAGAAAUAUCUAACUAUUCACCACAAAAUGCGCAAAAUUCAGAUGAUUACAUAAAUCUAAUUGAUAGAUAUUGGGAGAGUCGAAAAUCGUGUAAUCAAGACGUACGUUCAGAAGUGAGGCUUUUCAUUAAUAAAAGACUUGAAACAAACUAUUUUCGUAGAGAUAAAGUAGAAAAUUAUUUAAACAAAAUGUCAACCCACCAAAAAGAAGUGUUACGAGUUCAUUUUGUUUCUCGAAUAUAUGGAUAUUUUAUGUUUGUUAAAAAGCAUGUAUUAGCAAAGGGAACCGAAAAUCGUAACCCAUUCAAACAAGAAGGUAACGUGGAAAGCAAGGAAAAUCAUUUCAUUGAGCAAAUUAAAGGGCUGAAAGAAGAAAAAAAGUUGUUAAAUAGUAAACUUCAAACUUCCAAGGCUGUAAAAGAAACUCCUGACAAUGAAUUGCAAAAAGGUGAUGAUGAAUUACUGAUAAAACUUGGAGAUCAAGAAGAUGAUCAAAGUAUUAAAGUAUUUGAUUAUGUUUCACAAAAAUACACUUACGCCAAAGAUGUAAAGAGCGAACCUGAACGUAUGAAAUCAAAGCGAGAUUAUUCAGAACAUGGAGACCUUUCUGAUGAAGGUUACAUCAAGUAUGAUACUUCAAGCGAAACAAUUCUGUUUGCAGGAAGUUCUUCCAAAAAGUCAAAGAGCGAAUAUAAAAGUUCUUUAGAAGAUUUAGAAAAGAGUAUUGUUGAAAAUAACGAAAUUGAUAAAUUGAAAAAUGAGAAUAUUAAGUUACGAGCGGCGUUAGGUGAAGUUAUUAAUGUUGAAUGGCAUGAUGAUAACGAAAACAACUCUUCGCAAUUGGUGAAGGAGAUAGAAAGCCUUAAUCGAAACUUGAAUAAAAUUACUGGAGUUAAACGCAAAGUUAAAGAAAUCAAAAUGGAUGCUGUCAGAGAUUUAUUUUCUUCGUUUAACUGUACUACAAGUGUCGAGAGCAAGCAAAUGAAAUUGGUUUUAAGCGCAGUUUUGCAACAACAUUUGAUUAAAUUUAUUUUAAAAUCUGCAAAUGAUUAUCUUAGUCAGUCACUUACGACUGAUGUUAAUGAUGACAAGUUGGAGGUUGCCAUCAUAUCAAGAACAGAUGAUUUGGUUAAUCUUACAACCCGCUUCGAAAAGGCUCGUGACGGGGCUGAUGAGCAUUCUCGAUUAUUACCAGCUAAAUUACGUCAACACAUUUAUGCAGCAUUAGGCAAUAGGGGAUUUUCCAAUCAUCCGUUCAUUACUCAAUUAGCAAAAGAUGUUAUGGAUGAAAUGAAUAAAUAUCGGGUUUUAGAAUCUGAAGAGAAAACCAAAAAAGAGGUAACUGCAAUUGUUAUUCAAGUUCUUCGAAUUUUACUCUUUCGUCUUAAGACGCAAGAGCCGGUCCCUACAAUAGAAUUUUAUCAUAGUGGUAAAGACAUUGAUCCUUGUUUUAUGGAAGGAAUGUGGGAAGGUCAUUAUGAAGAUUAUGAAAUUGAAAUUUGUUAUUUUCCAGCUAUCAUUGAACAAUCUGAUGAAAGAGCAUAUACUAAAGCUCAAGUGAUAGCAAGACAAAAACUGAUGAUUUAA